AUGUUCAAGUUCCUCGCUUUGGCUUCCACUAUUGCUUUCGCACAAACUUCUGUCGACUGCGUUGCAUACUAUACAUUGAAUCAGGCAAGUCUGGUUGACCCCAGCCAGAUCCAGUACUGUGUUGCGCAAUGCAAUGAAAUGCCGACUGCUGGUACCUGUCCUGAGGGUUCUCCUGUCACCGAUUGUGUGCAGUCCCUGGACGCGUGCAAGUUCGUUCAAGGAGGCGAAGCCGCAGACAACGGCGAGGCUGAAGAAAGUGCACCUACCGAGUCUGGCGAAGUGGUCGGAGGGGGCGACCAGGAGGAGGCCGUCGUUACUGAAGCUGAAAAUGUGGACGGGGGGGCUGGCGGGGAGGUUGUGGUGAGCGCUGAAGGAGAGGAUUCUGGAGAGGAUUCUGGGGAUGACACCGCCGCCCCUAAGACCAGUGGCACCGCUCUUCGCGUCCUGCUGACUGGGUCGGUGGUCGCUCUUGUGCUUGUGAUGUAA